UAAAACUGUUGAUGAGUGCGAGCCACGCUCAGUCCACGAGUUACAUUGUCGACAUAAUAAUGUGUGCUUCGUUGCUACAAUAACACUAUUCUGUUCAAUAAUAUACAUUCAAUAUAUAGACCUUGACCCUACGUCAUUACGACAAUAUCAACCAUAUACUUAUAUAUAUAUAUACAGUGCGUCGUUAAACGAUUGACGGUUUUCUAUAACAGAGUUGUAUUUACCUCUAAUUUUUGAAAGAAAACCGCUAACAAGUGUUUUUGAGUUUUUAUGAAAUACAUGUUGUGUUCUGUGAGUGUGAUAUUUUACCCCAACUAAAACAAAAAUGAUAACAAUAUUUUGUGUUACAACCCGGUGGUGAUAAAUUAAAAUAAACCGGGGAGAAGAACAAUCGAACAUAUAUAUUUUUUUUUUGAGUAUACGAAUUUGAGUAUUUCACAACGAACGCCAACGUCGAUACGGACAACGACAAAGUGUCCACAACCAAUAAACGGUGUAAACAACGAAAACGAUCUUUAUCCGCGUCCACAUCACAUCAAACCACCGUUACAAUGAUCAUGGAUGGAUUGGAAACAUUACAAUCGUCACACAACCCACAUCAUCAUCAUCAUCAUGGCCAUCAUCCGGCAACUUUUCUGCUGACAGAAUCAGCAGCUGCGGCUGCCGCCCACCAUAUAAAUGUCUUAAGUUUUGACACAUGUUUACAAUAUCGUGAUACCGAUGCAAAUUCACCACCGAAUAUACCGCAUACAAAUGCAACAUGUGAUCCAAGCACGGGAUGUACGGAAGAACCAUCGAUUAAUGAACCACAACCGGGUGAUUUAAAUACUCCUGUGACGACAUCAAGUGAUGUACCAUCAUUUUUUGGUCCAUCCACAGUUGUUGAGCCACCCCCUAUUACAGGAUCUUUGGAUCCUGAAGAAUUAUCUUUGGAUCCAGCUGGUAGUCCCAGUCAUCACAGUAACACAAGCCCACCAAAACGUGAACCUGAAUCAACAUCAAGCCCUAAUAUACGAUUAUCAGAUACACCAACCGAAGAAGAUGCUGCAAAUAGUGGUAGCAAUUUAAAUAUGUAUAAAUUUGAACCUAGCAACAAUGUUGAAAUAUCACAUGCCAGUACUAUAAAUAAUACAUGUGGAAAAAUUAGCUAUCGUGGAAUAUUUACUACAUCGGGAAGUCCAUCAUCAAAUAUGUCAACGAAUCUUGGGCAAUUACAAAGAAGUAGUCAACUUGGUUCAACGACGUUAACAUCAUCCCCGCCAACAAGCAGCACAAAUCAUUGGUUUCAACCAAUGUUUGAUGUAAUUGUACAAAAUGCUAUGAUUCCAUCACAACAUAACUUAUUUCCAACAUCAGCGCCACCGUCAAAUGAACAUUAUGAUGAACGAUCUCAACACCAGGUAGAAUUACUUGGUUUAAGUAUGGAAUGCGGUAAUAAUUUAACGGCAAAACAACCACCCUCAUAUGGAACAUGUAAUCAAUCAUCAUCGGUUGGUGUUCUAACCGAUAUGUCAUCACAAGAGUUAGUAUAUUCAAGAGUAGGGCAACCAAUAGUAGCUGGUUCAUCGGGGACAAAAUAUCAAUGGUUAGAUUCACAAGUAUCUGAUUAUGGGAGCCCUCAAAGUACAAGUUCCUUAGUUGUUCCUGGUCCAUCAACGCUGAUACCCAAGCAGGAACCAUUUUCAACACCGUGCCAUAGUGAAGUAUCACAGCCAUCAAGUUCAGGUAGUGGUUAUACUGUACAAUUAGCCGAAUACAACCCAUCAACGAGUAAAGGGCAUGAAAUACUAUCACAAGUCUAUCAACAAUCUCCAAUGCCUUUAAAAUUGGUACCUGUCAAACCACGAAAAUACCCAAAUAGGCCAAGUAAAACGCCGGUGCAUGAACGUCCAUACGCAUGUCCCGUCGAAAAUUGUGAUCGAAGGUUUUCAAGGUCCGAUGAAUUAACAAGGCACAUUCGUAUUCAUACCGGACAGAAACCAUUUCAAUGUCGAAUAUGUAUGCGAUCAUUUUCUCGAUCUGAUCAUUUAACAACACACAUACGAACACACACCGGUGAAAAACCAUUCAGUUGCGAUAUUUGUGGUCGAAAGUUUGCACGAAGUGAUGAGAAAAAAAGACAUGCUAAAGUUCAUUUAAAACAAAGAAUGAAAAAAGAGAGUAAGCAGGCUGCAGCGGCGGCUUCAGCAGCUGCGGCUGCUGCUGCUGCUGCAUCUACAUCUUCUCAAGGUACUGUCAGUCAUCAUCAAAGCACUCCACCUCCUCCACCUGGAACUCCACAACAUCAUCAACAGCAACAUCACCACCAGCAACAGCAUCAUCAGUUGCACUCAAUGUCUGUUGUUCAACAACAACAUUUAUCUCAGCAACAGCAUGGUCAUAAUGUAGAUGACGGUCUUACGAUGUCAAAUGAUGUACCGACAUCACUAUGAGACAACGAGCCCCUACCGGUUAUUUUAUUAACUCUCCCAAGUGAAUGUGUUCUCUUCUUUACGUGAUAACUGUGAUUUUCUGUGAUAUCGUCAAUAAUAACUAAUAUUCACAAUGUUGUGUCUUGACGGUGUCUCGAUUCAAAAAACUUGAUGGACUGAUUUGUUGUAUAAAAAAAGAUACACCUAUAAUUAUUAUUUUCAUUGUCAAAAAAGUAUAUAUAAAUCAAAAGUAUAUUUGAAUGUUGCUGUGACUACUUACCAUCCAAAUUUUUCUUUGUAGAUAUCCAAAACACACAAAAAAUGGUGGUAUUAUCUCAUACGUGUGCCAUUCUCGUUGACAAUUUGUUAUUAUUUUUGUUUUUCUAGAGUAGAUCUUUUAUAAAAGAAAACGCGGAUUUUUAUACUAAACCGUAAAAACUAACUUGUGUCACACUGUUUUAGUUAUAUAGGUUAAGUAUAAGCAUCUGAGAAAGAAAAUGAGCUCACAUUAGCCACCCCCCCCUCCUCGUGUAUAAAUGUCCACGUUACAAACAAAAAUGCUUUAAAU